GGCGUCACUUCCGCUCCACGUGAAAGGCUCCUUAUAGUCCAUGUGAGGAGCACUGUAUAUCCGAGGCGUAUUGUUUUACGUUUUAACAUUGAUAGUUCACAUAUAGUCAUCUCAUGGUUAUCGACAGCAAGACUAUGGCGUCCGUAGAGGAGGAAGCGCUGCUCGGUCAGGAUUCAGAGGAGGAAAACAGUGAAUUAUCGGACGAUGAGCUGCAAGAAGCCUUCGCAGCGGGGUUGUUGAAGCCUGGGAUGAACGUCCUGGUGGAUAAACCCAAAACGUUCGUCAACAAUGUGGAGGGGUUGAAACAGUGUCUUGCUGAUUUUCGUAAAGAUCUUCCCUGGGUAGAGAGAUUGGAUCUGACCAACCUACCAGCUGCAAAUAUCAUUUCUCAAGCUGAAGAGAAAGCUUCAGCGCCAGCCGCUGGGGAACUGGAUGCUGAUGACGAUUUCCAGAGGGAGAUGUUCUUCUACCGUCAAGCUCAGGCUACAGUCCUCGAGGCACUGCCACUCCUAAACAGGCACAGCAUAGCCACCAAGAGGCCCGAAGACUACUUUGCAGAGAUGGCCAAAUCUGAUCAGCACAUGCAGAAGAUCAGGAAAAAGCUGAUCUCAAAGCAGAUGAUUAUGGAGAGGUCAGAAAAGGCCAAGAAACUGCGUGAGCAAAGGAAGUUUGGCAAAAAGGUCCAAAUAGAAGUGAUCCAGAAGAGACAGCAGGAGAAGAAGGCCAUGAUGUCCGCUGUAAAGAAAUACCAGAAAGGAAUGACCGACAAACUGGAAUUCUUGGAAGGUGACCAGAAGAUGAAUAAAGAAUCUUCUCAGGGCUCAAAGAAAGCAGUGAACAAAAAGGGGCCUAGCGCUAAGAGAAAAUUCAAGGACCAGAAGUUUGGCUUUGGAGGCAAAAAGAGUGGAAAGAAGUGGAACACCAAGGAAAGCUACAACGAUGUUUCCGGUUUCCGUGCCAAAAUAGCUCACGGCAAGGGAGGGAAGAAGGGGAAAGGAGGAAAACAAAAUAAGCGUCCAGGCAAGUCUGUGCGCAAGAAGAUGAAGAAUCGCUCUUAGAGACUGGCGGGCUGCUCAGCAGACUGGACUUUGCACUCUGCUUUUUGGCAGGAUUUGCCUUAAGGGACUAUGAGCUCUUCUUCUACACUUUUUGGUACAAUAUACCUUUCGUACAUGCAUCUGGAUUGAUAUGGAGGUCCAUAUUAAUCAUAUUCAAACCACAGAUGGACUGAGUCCGAUCACACAGCUGGGGAAGCUAUUCAAAGGGCCUGUAAAGCCAAGAAUGGACUGCACACAGCUCCAAAAUACAGAACUUUCCUAAGGUUGAGAAGGACAAUGUUAUUUGCUGCAGAUACCCUGAUAUUUGCAUCUGGCUGCAGUUGUCCCUACCCUAAGGUGGUUUUAGAUCCACUCUCUGUGAUUACACCUCCGUGUCUCCACCUUCUCAAUGACACAGUGUUCUCCUGAGGUUUGUGUGUUCUGUUUUACUUUUCUCACUCAGCUUUUUGACUCGUUGAUUCUCUCCCAUGUUACAUGACAUUUUAUAAUAUUGAGCAGCUGUCAGUUUUGCCCUUUUCCAUUCAUUAGUAUGAUUAGCAUGUGAUGGGCGUGUGUGUUUUGUUACAGACCUGUGCAAAUGUUCCCCCCAAGUGUUUCUCUAAGAAGGGUCAGCUUCUGUGCUGACACCUGCAUGAUUGUUUGAUGAACAAAUACAUUUCAGUAGGCAUUCA